CUCUCGCGAGAUCUCGCGGCAACUUACAGAACCGGAAGUCGUGUGUAGAUCUCUUUCCUUUUGCGGCCAUCGGUGGAUCGCAACCGCCAAAAUGAAAUUCAAUCCCUUCGUGACAUCUGACCGAAGCAAGAACCGCAAACGGCAUUUCAAUGCACCUUCUCACAUUCGGAGGAAGAUUAUGUCCUCCCCCCUGUCCAAAGAGCUGAGACAGAAGUAUAAUGUUCGAUCUAUGCCCAUUCGAAAGGAUGACGAGGUUCAGGUUGUUCGAGGACACUACAAAGGCCAACAGAUUGGCAAGGUGGUCCAGGUGUACAGGAAGAAAUAUGUCAUCUACAUUGAGCGGGUCCAGCGAGAGAAGGCGAACGGCACAACUGUCCACGUGGGCAUCCACCCCAGCAAGGUGGUCAUCACCAGGCUGAAGCUGGACAAGGACCGCAAGAAGAUCCUGGAGAGGAAAGCCAAGUCCCGGCAAGUGGGGAAGGAGAAGGGCAAAUACAAGGAAGAGACGAUCGAGAAGAUGCAGGAGUAGAGAUGGCUCAUGCACAGCUUUUAUUAAAGACUGCUUAACUGGU